UCUGUCGCGAGGGACGCGGCGUUAGUGGUUGUCAAGAUGGCGGCGGCGGCUCCGCUGCCACCGCCCCCUCUACCACCGCCAGGCAAGGUCGCCGCCGCAGCUGCCGUCGCCACCACAGCCUCCAUCGCCGCUGCGCGGGAGCCGGAGCUGCCGUGGCCAGUCCGUGCGCACCCGUGACGCGGGGCCCGAGACGGUGUGCGGGGAGUGCCGGAGGAGGGGGGAAGCGGAGCUGCCAUGCAGGAGGCGCCAGAGGCGAGCCGGGCGGCGGCGCGGAGGUGAAAGAUGCUGGCCGCGAGGCCGGGGGCGCGCAGCACGGGCGCAGGUCUGGGCCCCGAGUCCUCGGAACCCCGCGACAGAGCUCGCCUCGGCCCUCGGGGGAGCGGCGGGGGUCACCGGCCUGGCGCCUACCUCGACAUGAAAACCUAUCUGGAGAAAAAUUUAGAAGAAGAACGCCAAAUAUUAUUGCAGGAACAAAAAAUAUGCCGAAAUCGAGCACGCAAAUAUUUUGUGGAAUCAAACCGGAGAAAAAAAGUUUUCGAAGAGAAACGAAAAGAACAAGAAGAAAGAGAACACCAAAUCAGAGAACAAAUACUUCAACAAAGGAAACGCGAGUUUCUAGAGGUUACUGAAAAAUUCCAGCGUGCCCAUAUUCCUCUUUCACAGCGGAAGAGAGCAGCUUUUCAAAAACCAGUUCCUCCUUUAGAAGAGGCACUCAGGCAAAUUCAGGAAUCCAACUCAAAAUCAGAAGUAAAUCUUCCCUCUUCCCACAGACCAACAAUAAGCUGGAGAGCUAUAGAUAAUGCCUUGCCUUCAUCAUUGCCAAAAAAUGAUCACAAGCAUCAGAAACAUCUUUUAUCCAAAGUCAAUUGUGUUAAAGAAAUGAAGGAAAACAGCAGGACAAACUUGGCUACUAACAAAGAUGUAUUCCAGCUUAAACUGGAGGAAACUCAGAAACUCCUAGAAGAUCAGCAUCUAAGCACUUUGCAAAAGUUUUGUGAUGAAGUUAAGCAGAUAACAAAUUCUGAAACCCUCUCAAGUAUAGACAGUCUUGAGGCUGGGGAACAUGAAGAAAUAUAUUUAACACUUAAGAAGCAUUACACAUCAAUCCAUCAGAAUUCUGUUUCCCUCAGAUCAGCAAAUCUGCAAUCAACUAAUGUGAGCUGCUUUGAUGAAGAUAAACUGUCAUUCUCUAAAACUCAACGUAUAAAUAAUUGGCUUAUAAAUUUAGAUGAUCCAAAUAAUAACACUAUCACACCUUUCUCAGAUGAUUUUCAAGCUCCCUAUAUACCUCACAACUCUGAUUCAAAAGAUAAAAAACAGAAAAUAGCUGAAACAUCAAUACCAUUGUCUAAUGUAAUUUCUGAUUGUGACUUAGUUGGUCAGCACAAGAAAAUAAAAUAUAACAUCUAUGAGAGAAAUGGUGUGAGGUUUCUUAAAAGUAUUUUAAAGAAGGAAUCUAAAUACGAACAUGACUGUUUUAAGGCACUAGUUAUAAACCAAGGCUUUAAGUUAGGAAAUGAAAAAGCAGCAGCUAUCAGAGAUAGUAUUGAAUUAACAAAAGAAAAAGGAAAAGGUGCCAAAAUCCCAAAGACUCUUAAAAAACUGAGGUGGUUUGAUGAAACUGGAGAUACAAAAAAAAAUACUGAAGAUAAUUAUUCACUGAAGAAUAGAAUAGAAAUAUCCCAACAGCGGUCUCAACCAUUCCACAUUCAAACUAAAAGUGGUAUUACCAGCAACAUAAUUAGUGUUCCUGCUUGUGCUGUAAAUUCUGCUGAUAGAAAAGAGCCUAAGGAUGAUUCCAUCUCUACAAAUGUCACUACUUUAGGAGGACCUAGAACAGACCAUGUGCUUUUGAAUUGUUUUAUACCUUCAAGUGAUAACAUUGCUAAACAAGCCUGGCCAAGCUCAGAAAAAGAGGAAAAUAAAUCUCCUCUACAGAGUAGUGAUUCUAAAAUUCAGAAGGCUAAUUCAGAAAGAGGUGGCACAAAAGUAAUUAGAAGAACAAGAUCUGCUAAAGUCCAAUCAGGCUUUAUAUACACAAACAGAAAAGGCACUGUUAUUCGACCACAGUCUGCAAGCAAAGCCAACACAUCUUUACAAGCUCAGAGUAAACUAAUUGUACCUCAUCCUCCGCCUAAGUAUCCACCAAAUAUUAGGAAUAGUAAAAAUAUACACGUGGCUAAAUAUCAGUCAGUAAUGCCUGAAAAUUCCCAAAACAUGACACAGGACUAUUUUAAUUCAAGUCAUUUGCUUCCAGUAGAACACAGGUUGAUACAGCAAAAUCAAGAAAGUAGUUUUACACUCUCAGAUAUUUGUUCUGGCUUAGUCACUAAGAUAACUUCUCUACCAUAUUGUGCUUCUGAGUGCCAAACUUCAGCAAAAAUCAAUCAUUCAAAUGGCAUUCAAAAGGUUGCUCAACAACAUGGGACAUUAUAUUACACCCAAAGAAGUCCUGUUUAUGAAGAAAAUCAUCAGUCUGUGACACUUAGAACUACUGAAGAAGAAUCUGUUCCCCUGUGGAAAAGACUGCCGCACAAUAUUCUGAGUCAAAAUGAAAAGGCUCCUGAUUCUACUGUUAGAAGAAGAAAACAAAUUAUUGAAAAUAAGCAGAGAAGUCUUUUAGAAUGCAAAAGACAAAACCCUGGAUCUAUAGGAGAGAAGUACAGUGCACAAGUUCAUAAUUUUGGACAAAGUGUCCAGCUAAGUUCAAGUGAGCCAAAACAAACAAGUGGUACUUCUAAUUUUGAAGAAGUUUCAGAUAGUACUUCGGAGUUUUUGAUGGCUGAAAGCCUAGUGAAAACUUUAGUGCCUGAGAAUGAAAUUCUAACUGUCAUGAAUAGCAGUCAGCUACAGAAAUCAGAUAUGGCUUUAAAUAAAACCCAGCCACUCAACAUCUGUGCACUAUCAAUUGAAGAACAGAAGAUCCUACAGUCCCUUAAUCAUCUCAAUGAAAGGUUACAAUGCACGAAAAGAGUUCACACCCAUUUACAGGUUCUUCUCCAUGAACCUACACUAUGGAUUUAUGACAAAAAUAAGGGCAAAGCAGGAGGCUGUGGAAAUCCUUCUUCAGCCAUUGCUGUAGGAAAUGCAUGA